AUGAGCAAGAAGUUCAAGUCGGGGAGUUCUGAUAAUACUGGUUCAAGCCAAAGUGGUAACUCAACACCAGCUUGUACUACAUGUGGAAAGAAACAUGGAGGUGUAUGCUAUUGUGCGACAGAGGCUUGUUAUCAUUGUAAGAAGUUUGGGCACAUUGCCAAGGAUUGUACACAACCACGUCAGAGUGGCAACCGAGGUGCGACAAGCUCGAUUAGGUCAACUUCCACAACAAAACCAGUUGCAGCAUCAACUGCCACAAGAAAUGAUCAAAGGCAAGAAAGGGUUUUUGCAUUGAUUCCAGGGGACACUCAAAAUACUGAGGCCGUAGUGUCAGGUACAAUCUCCAUUUGUGGUAAACUUGUUUAUACUUUAAUUGAUUUUGGGUCUACACAUUCGUUCAUUUCUAUGGCUUUUGCUGAAACUUUGAAUAGACCUAUGGAAACAUUGAAUUAUAUACUAUGUGUUGCAUCACCUACGGGGGGAUCCAUGCUAUGUUCAACUGUAUUUAUUGCGUGUGAAUUAUUUCUCGAGAAUGCUACUCUGUAUGCUGAUUUACCUUUAGACAUGGGACAAUUUGAUGUUGUUUUGGGAAUGGAUUGGCUAGCUAAAUAUCAUGCGACAAUUGAUUAUGUCUUGAAACGAGUAAUAUUCCGACCUCCCGGGCAAGAGGAAUCUUAUUUUGAGGGAAAAUGGGUAGUCUCACCACCAUACCUUAUAUAUACCAUGAAAGCUUGA